GCUGGGGCAGCAGGCGGUGUCAGGGCGUUACCCAGGGCCGGGGCCCUACAGCUAGGCGGGGCCGAGACUUGUGCUUAGGGCGCCUUGUGGGUAAUCCGGCCCUGGACUCGGUGCUGCAUCGUUUCCCCUAGCAACUACCAGAGAGCCUGCGGAAGUAGUCACAGUUUGGGGGCGUGGCUACGGCGAGCACUCGGGGUCAGAGGAUUUGUGUGGCUCCGGAGCUGCUGCUCCGCCUGUCUCUUUGCCAGCCCUGCCCGGACGGAAGAUGGUGGACGAAUUGGAGGAGCUGGAAGACCUGGUCCAUGUGACGGUCGGGGACCUUCCCAGCCGGGGUUACGGGGUGAUGGAGGAGAUCCGGCGGCAGGGCAAGCUCUGCGAUGUCACCCUCAGGGUGGGGGAGCACAAGUUCAGCGCCCAUCGGAUUGUGCUGGCAGCUUCCAUCCCGUAUUUCCAUGCCAUGUUCACCAACGACAUGGUGGAGUGCAAGCAGGACGAGAUUGUCAUGCAGGGAAUGGACGCAAGUGCCCUGGAAGCUCUGAUUAAUUUCGCCUACAACGGGCACCUUGCCAUAGAUCAGCAGAACGUGCAGUCGCUACUGAUGGGCGCCAGUUUCCUGCAGCUGCAGAACAUCAAGGACGCCUGCUGCACGUUCCUGAAGGAGAGGCUGCACCCAAAGAACUGCUUAGGGGUCCGGCAGUUUGCAGAGACCAUGAUGUGCGCGGUGCUGCACGAUGCUUCCAACCGCUUCAUCCACGAGCACUUCGUAGAGGUCUCCAUGUCUGAGGAGUUCCUGGCAUUGGCCUUCGAGGAGGUGCUGGAGCUGGUCUCCAGGGAUGAGCUCAACGUGAAGGCCGAGGAGCAGGUGUUUGAGGCAGCUCUAGCCUGGGUGCGCUAUGACCGGGAGAAGAGAGAAGUUUUCCUACCUGAGCUACUGUCCAAAAUCCGCCUGCCUCUCUGCCGGCCGCAGUUCCUCACAGACAGAGUUCAGCAAGACGACCUGGUUCGCUGCUGUCAUAAGUGCCGGGAUCUAGUGGAUGAAGCAAAGGAUUACCACCUGAUGCCGGAGCGGCGCCCUCACCUCCUCGCAUUUAAAACUCGCCCCCGCUGCUGCACGUCUAUCGCCGGCUUGAUCUAUGCAGUGGGGGGGUUGAAUUCGGCAGGCGACUCACUGAACGUGGUGGAAGUCUUCGACCCGAUCGCCAACCGCUGGGAGAAAUGCCAGCCAAUGACGACUGCCCGGAGCCGCGUGGGUGUGGCUGUUGUGAACGGACUUCUGUACGCCAUUGGUGGAUACGACGGCCAGUCGAGGCUGAGCACUGUGGAGGUUUACAACCCUGACACCGACACUUGGACCAAAGUUGGAAGCAUGAACAGCAAGAGGAGCGCUAUGGGCACUGUGGUGUUAGAUGGGCAGAUUUAUGUGUGCGGAGGAUAUGAUGGCAACUGCUCUCUGAACUCAGUGGAGGCUUAUUCACCUGAAACGGACAAAUGGACAGUAGUGACGCCAAUGAGCUCUAACCGCAGUGCAGCCGGCGUUACCGUAUUUGAAGGACGAAUAUAUGUUUCUGGGGGACACGACGGCCUACAGAUCUUUAAUACAGUGGAAUAUUACAACCACCACACGGCGACGUGGCACCCCGUGGCGAGCAUGAUGAACAAGCGCUGCCGUCAUGGCGCCGCCUCCCUCGGCAGCAAAAUGUACAUCUGCGGCGGAUACGAGGGCUCGGCGUUCCUGAGCGUGGCCGAAGUGUACAACUCCAUGGCCGACCAGUGGUACCUCAUUACCCCCAUGAACACCCGCAGGAGCCGCGUGUCGCUCGUGGCCAACUGUGGACGUCUCUAUGCCGUGGGAGGCUACGACGGGCAGUCUAACUUGAACUCGGUAGAAAUGUACGACCCGGAGACCAACCGCUGGACUUUCAUGGCCCCCAUGGUGUGUCACGAAGGAGGGGUCGGGGUGGGCUGCAUCCCGCUGCUCCCCAUAUAGCGGCAGGGGGGCUCCCAAGGACGCCAGCAGCUUGAGUGUGAGGGGAUAGAGCCUCACCAUUAGUUUUAUAAAUGUGAAAAACCAAGAAUACAAGGUACAUCUUCAGGUGCUCAAGUCUCUGCUAACUCACCCUUUUAUACGCCCCCUUCCCAGACAAUCUGCCCUGCCCCCGGGGCAAAAAAGUAUUUAUUGAUAGGGGUUUCUUGUAUAAGAACCAAUAGAAUUCCACACACCCAGGGGGCUGAGCGGCACAUAACACGCCACAUUGUGGCCCCCCCUGUCGGUUCCAAAGCUCUUGCGACCAACAAAGAAAAAUGGCUAUUGCACCAAAAUAUGUGUCCCUGGCACAGGUCGGCAUAGACUGGCACAAUAACCUGGCACAGAGCUGGCAAAUUGGUUCCUUUGCUUUGAUCUUCUCCCUCCUGCUGUGACCCAAGUGCCACGGAUCCCUCAGAACUGACAUUCAGGGGUUUUUAUAUGGUUUGUUUGUGCCGGGCUCGGUCGGGCAGUACCGAUUGGUAGUUGUGCUACCUGGGCACUGGGAUACAGAAUACUGACUGUUCUAGAGUGGGCAGGGGUUAAUGCAGGAGGACUAGUUAGAAGUAGGACAUGUGACCUGGAGGGCAAGUAGUUCUAGAGCAGCUCUUUGCACCCUGUGAUUGUGAGAUGGUGGAAGGUCUCUGUUCUAGACUUCAGAGGUUCUGUCCUUUGUUCUGGAUUACUGGGGUCUCUCCAGAUAAUGUUCUUGGGCUCCUGUGCAUAGAAUGAAUCCAGUGUAAUGUGGCAAAGCAGAAAGGCACUGAUCAUGGAUAUCAUGGUUCCCGAGCCUGGGCAUUUGUGCCACUUUAUAAACCACAGCUCCCAGCAUGCACUGUGGGACAAAGGGAGCAGUAGCCAGGCUGGGGAUACCUGCUGUAUAUUCUAUUACUUGACUUUCUAUUUCUCAGGCCCCCAUUAACAACUGUGGCUAGCCAGUGAUUAGCAGCUUGCUCUCUCUGACCGACCAAUCAUAACCAUCGACCAAUUAACCCCGGCAUUAAACCAUUUUAUUCAGUGGUUUGACCUGUGUAUUAAAGGGCCAGUAACAUAAAUACAUUUAUAUAUUGAGUAAAAUUCCCCCUUGGGUAAGAGAUGUGAUAUCUGCUGCUGUAAUAACUAGUGUUGCCUUUACUGGUUCAAUUCUGCAUCAUCUGACCCCUUUCGGUUCCAGUAGCAUGAUGGGAAAGUGGGUGGGGACUUAGUAAUUAGUAACUUGUAUUAGAUUUUAUUACAUCAAAGGGGCAUUAACCCCCUACUAAAUCAGUUAAACCUUUUGACAUAGAAUGAUGGGUAAGUGGGCGGGGUUUUGUAAGAAGCUCUGGUUCACUGUCCCUAGCCAAUCGGCCAAUCGGCAAGCUGUACGAGCAGGAUAGUGAAAGCAGAGCUCUGAUUGGAUACGGUGUGUGUUGAGCCCAGUGUCUCCCCUGGUACCUUCAGGCCCAGUUGAAGGGAUAGAAACUGAUUUCAAGCUCUAGGGAAGGGUAGUUAGAGUGUGUUCUUUAUAAUGUAACCUGUUGCUACAAAGCAUAUUGAUGUAUAUAUAUUGGUAUUAUUAUGAGCAAAGAUACAUGGAUCCUGAUUGGACGGACCUUUCUGUUCCUGGUGUCAGUAUUUAUAGCCAAAGGUUAUUUCCUGUUCGGGUUGCCAGGAAGGCAUUACUGGACUUCCUAUAUAUUCCUACAUAUUUAGCUUCUUCCCUAUUAAUGACAUUGGGAUCAAUGCAUCAGUGCAUUUUUAUCAGCCAGACCAGUAAACUAGUGGCCACCCUAGUCCCUGUGGUUUGUACCAGCCAGUGGCAGUCAGAGUCAAUGUUUCUUACUUCAUUAACAGCGUAUCAGUCAGGAUAAUAACAUUAGCCCCCCCAGUACAUACCCGCAUACAGACAUCUGAUUCCUAUGCCUCCUGCUUCUGGGCUGCUCUCUUUCCCAUGGUCAGAAUGGGAGGCAUCCUAGUCUGACCCAGACUCCACCCCCUGUUUGUCAUGGGAAAGAGAGCAGCCCAGGAACUGGAAAUACAGAGAGAAUAAGGGGCUCCACUGCUCCAUGUCCCCAGCUGCCUAUAUGUAUGUGGCUCGGAAUCACUGAGUGUGGCCCUCCAACAUACUGGGGCUUGUGUGGCCCUAGGGCAGCCAUAAUGGCAAGGAUCCCCCAAUGUCCCCACUCAUUGUACUUACUGGCCAAACAAAUCUUGACUACCUCAUAAGCCCAUGCAUUAGUCGUCUGGCCGAUAACUGGUGCCUCCCUGCCCAAUGGUUCCUUUGUGUGUGCGGCUGAAUAGGCCCCCAGAUCCACACCUGUAGGGCCCAACCUAGCAGAUCCAAUAUGGCUGCCUGUAGCCCAAUGGCUCUGCUUUUAGUAAUGGCAAUACCCCCAGACCCACGUCUCCCCCAUGUUUUCCCUCCUGGGGCACAUUCUGUAUGUGUAAGUGAGUUUCUCACCCCAGACCAGGAUGGACAAUAGACAUGUAAUCGGCCAUUGCACUGACAUCUAACAGCACUGACUAUGGAUUCUGGGAAUUGUAGUUCCUACACAAAACAUAUAUUGAUCUGUUGCUAAACUACACCUCUCUCUGCCCAUGGCUGGCAGGGAAUUCUGGGAUUUGUAGUGCCUCAGGCAUAUACAGUUCUGAUACCUCCAACCUUCCAGCUGCCCCGCUCUACAGAGACACAUCCCUCUUCAGAGAACAAAUUUCCUUUUAAUGUUUUCCAUUUUUUUUAAGACAAAUUGUUGACUUUUUUUUUUCAAAAUAACAUUCUUAACCCCUUCUCUUCCCCCAGGCAGCUGAGGGGUUAAACAGUGCAAGUGACUUUGCUUCCUGUGUUGUGUGAAUGUGCUGGUGUAAAUGUGAUGUAGUGGCGCGUGGGUGCCCCCUAGUGUCCGACUCGCACUGUUACUCGAAGCCUCAAUGUUUUUAUGUACCUGCUGAAUGUCAGGGGGAGAAUUUUACUCUCUUCCUUUUUUAUUGGUUAUUGAAUUAAAGUGAUAGCGAUCUAUGGA